UGGCAGCGGAGGGGGAACGAAGGCGGGGCUGGGUUCGGAGCGGCCGCCAGUGAGUCGAGCGGCGGCGUCGAGAGCGGAGGUCGGUUGGCGCUGGUUUGUCCGCUCGGGAUCCCAUGGCGUGUGGCUGAGGAGGAGCAGCCAGGCCCGAACGAGGAACAGCAGGCUCCUCUUCCUCCUCCGCCGCGAUGGGGACGGUGCUGUCGCUUUCUCCCAGCGCCCCCGGGAAGGGCGGCGGCGGCGGCGGCGGCGGCGGCGGAGGGGUCUUGUCGGAGAAGGCGGCGGCGCCGUCGCGGUCGCACGGCAAAGGCGAGAGCCGCCUCAAGCGCCCCGGGGUGCUCAUCUCGGCCCUGACGUGGAAGCGGCUGGUGGCCGCCUCGGCGAAGAAGAAGAAGAGCGCCAAGAAGGUGACGCCCAAGCCGGACUGCGGGGACCCGCUGGUGCAGCAGCGCAACCGCGAGAACGCGCGCCAGGCGGAUGGGGCCAAGCCGGGGCCCUUAGCCGUGCCGGUGCCCACCGUCCCGGGCCCCGAGGGAAGCGGCAAGGCCCCGCCCCCCGCCCCGCCGCCGCCGCCGCCCCCGCCCCUCCCGUUGCCCGGCAACCGCGGCCCCCCCUCCUCCGCUUCCUCGGCGGCCCCCUCCCCGCGCCGGGUGGUGGUCCAGGCCUCGACGGGGGAGCUGCUCCGCUGCCUGGGCGACUUCGUGUGCCGGCGCUGCUACCGGCUCAAGGAGCUGGGCCCCGGGGAGCCCGUGGGCUGGUUCCGCAGCGUGGACCGCUCGCUCCUGCUCCAGGGCUGGCAGGACCAGGGCUUCAUCACGCCGGCCAACCUGGUCUUCGUGUACCUGCUCUGCCGGGAGGCGCUGGAGGGCGACCAGAUCGGGAGCCCCGCCGAGCUGCAGGCCGCCUUCCUCACCUGCCUCUACCUGGCCUACUCCUACAUGGGCAACGAGAUCUCCUACCCGCUCAAGCCCUUCCUGGUCGAGGGCGACAAGGAGCGCUUCUGGGACCGCUGCCUGGCCAUCAUCCAGGGCCUCAGCGCCAAGAUGCUGCGCAUCAACGCCGACCCCCACUUCUUCACCCAGGUCUUCCAGGACCUCAAGAACGAGGGCGAGGCGGGACACGCCAAGGACAGCUCCUCCUCAGGCCCCAAGCACUGGACUAUCAGCCUGGACCGCUAGGCCUCCCUCUGGCCCUGGGUCCACCAAGAACUGGCCUGUAUGCCUGGACCACCAAGCUCCAGCUCCACCAAGUAUUGGACUACAAGCCUGGACUGCUGAGGAGAGGUCCCCAAGUGCUGGGCUACAAGCCCGGACUGCUAAGGAGCCCCUUGAGGACCUCUCUGCACACCCCCAACACCUCACCACCAAAGGCCACCCUUCUCCACCCUUCCCAUAUGCUUUGUGCUUCUCCAGCCUUUUCUCAGCCCUGAUUUCUGCUGGAGUUGACCGGAGGAGGGGGGUCAUAAUUAGGACACAUCCUUUAGUCCUGCCGCAAAACAGAUGGGGGUUUCUUCCCCCAAAAUGAGCCCUCUGUGGGUUGCCUUGCAAAGGGGAGCGAGGCUUGAUCCAGGCCCCCUUUCUCUCUCUCUGCACAUUCCAUUCCCCAAGCCACUCCCCAAAUUACAUCAAGCCUUUCUCACAACUGCGGCAUCGGAAUAGUUUGGGGUGGAAGGGGGCAAGGGAGACGGUCUGGCUCAUGAUGUGAUGUGCUGUAUCCCUUGGGCUGUGGGCAGAAGUGGUCCUUCCUCUUCCAUGUCCAGCCUUGUCCCCAGUGGGGUGCUGGCAGAAGGGACCCUGCAGUAUCCUAAAAGGCAGGGAGGGACAGAUUACGUCCCCCUUUUUUCCUCCCAAUGCAGAGAUUCCCUAAACUGUCCUCAGGGCCCAACCUGAGGCAUAAUUUAUUGACAAGGUUCUUCCUUGUUCAGGAGAACGCCGCCGUUUGCUGUGACCUUGCCUGUCGGAAGCCCCACUGGUGAAUCCCUGUGGCUCACAGAAGAACAGCCGGGGCAUUUCAGUCUUGCAAGUUCUUCCUUGCCUCCCUCCCUCUCUUUCUCUUUCUCUCUUUCCCCCCAUCCUCCCUUAUGAAGCAACAAUUCCUGCAUGUAUUUGUCCUUCCUGCUGUUGGUGGCUCUGCCAUAGUGGUUGUUCUGCAAAGUGGAUGAUGGUCAUAGACAAAUGUCUCCCAUCACUGCAAAUCCAAUGCCUUUCAUGAUUUCUUUCCUUGUUUGACUCGGCACUAGGGGCAGGGAAGGCAGGUGGGUUGGGGGGGGGGAAGGGGGUUUGAAAGAAGUGUGUCUGUCGUCCACGCUUCAAUGAAGUGCUGCGGGGAAAGCUGUGUUGCUGCUAUUCUUCCAUGUCCCUUCUCUGACCUGUUCUUUCCUCCUCUUCUCCUCUUCUCUCCCUCCCCUCCCAUCUGAAGCAGAGGCUUGGAGCUAUCCGUGGUGCUAGCCUCUUCGACUGACUUACAUUUGCACAUUCUCAAAGCUUAAGGGGGGAAAAACCCCAAGCCGUCUCAUGGUGUUUGAAUGUAAAACAGAACAAUGUCUGACUUAACAGGAUGUUUGUGCCAAUGUUGCUCAAAUGUACAAUAACAUAUUGUUUUAUAUUGUAUAUUUAAAAGAGAUAAAAAACAAUGAGUCAAAGUGGA